GCAAAACCAAAUCGUGAUAGAUCUUGAAACUUUGCAUUGGGAUGAGGUGGUGCCAGCAGCUGUGAAGGUCUUUUUGAAACAACCACCAUCCAAUUACACCGAACGCAUUUAUCCCAACCCACACUUACUCCACACCCACGUCCCUGCGUCCUCGGAUGCACUGGUAGAUAAGGAGUAUAGGACCCUGGAUUGGGAACUGAGGGCAGGAAAGCUGGUCUAAUGGCCGCUGCACCCGAUCUUGCAGCCUUCCAGGAGGAUUCAUUUGAACCCAAGAACUGGAUAAAUGCUGCUUGCGACAAUAAACCAUCAGAGGAGUCCCUGGAGAGGUUUCUGACAGACCUGGAACUGCGCCUGCACUUGGCCGCUGAGGACAUUGAUGCCGCUCUGGAGAUUGACAGCACUCGCGCAUUGCAGCGCAUUCCUGCAGCAGUCCAGGAGGUCUCCCAUGUGAGGGGAGAUGUGACGGGCCUGAAGGCGGAUGUGAGCCGGGGCCUGGGCACUGUCAGUGCAGCGGCCAGCGCGGCGACCGGCAAUGUGGCGCUGAUCGUAGAGCUGGAACGUGUGAAGAACCGCAUGGAAGCCGCAUGUUCCACCCUCAAGGAGGCGACAGAGCUGAGCGCGCAUUUUACGCAAGUGGAGGCGGUGUUUGCCGAGGGCGAUCUGCAGCGCAUAGCAGCCACACUGGCCAGCAUCCGUCAGGGACUGGCGCUUGUGGGGGACGUCCCCGAGUUCAAAGGCGGCGCCGCUCGGCUUCAGGCAUUGGAGGAGCGGUUCCACCAGAACAUAGAGCCGGCAGUGAGCAGCGCGCUGGCCGCCCGCCAGGCCGAUCGGGUGGCCAACCUGGCAGCUCUCAUGAGCAGCCUGGGCCGCGAGUCAGAGCUGGAGGGCCUCUACGUGGCUGCGCGCAUGCCCAUGCUGCAGGGGCUGUGGGAUGGGUUCGAGGGCAGGGGCUUCGCCUCCUGGCUGCCAAGCUUCUAUGAGGGGGUGGCGAGCGCUGUGGGCACAGAAUCGAAGUGGUGCUCCAUGGCCCUACCGGACCUGCACCCGCGUCUGCUGCUCUCCCUACUGUCUGCUCUCUUCUCCAGGAUCAACAAACCUUUUCGAACACGCCUGGCGUCGGCCCUUGUGCAAGGCGGCGACAAGGGCGGGGAUGUUGUCAUGCUUCUAGCAAGCAUGCUUGAAGCAGCGCACUCAUUUGUCGAGGGACUGGCGCAGACUAUGGGGCAGGAGGGGGCAACCGGCAUCGGCUCCCUCCCUACCACGGUCUAUGCGCCAUUCCAUGCCCAGCUAGACAGGUAUGGCGAGCUGGAGGCAGUCAGCCUGGGGCAGGACCUAGCGGCCCCACAAAUUCCGAGCGCGACCGACGACGCCGAAGCGGCCGUGGCCGCAAUCGGCGCGGCGGCUGCGGCGGCCGAGGCGGCGGUGGCGGCGGCUGUGGAGCGGUGCCGCGCGGCCACCGGCCUGGCCGGCAUUCCCGAGCUGCAGCUCGUCGCCGACGAGGAGCUCGCGCAGUUUGUCAGCCGCCUCCAGGCGGUCCUACUGGAGUUGCGCAAGCACCACCUGCCGGCCGGCGGCGCAGCGGUGACAUCAUCAGAUGACAGCACAGCAGUUCUGCAGCUGCUGGGCGCAGCCGCCAACCUGGUGUCCAAGCUGGCGGCCUGUGAGGGCCAGCUACGGGCGGCACUCUCUGACCUCAGCAGGCUGAUUAGCUCGGUGGAUGCCGGCAAGCAGGCGCUGGACCCUGUCACGCUGCGCCUGCUGGAUUCAGAGGGGCGGAUGCUGCAGCAGCUGCAGUCCCAUCUAGCGGCUGCGGUGCUGGAGGACUACAUGGCGCUGCCGUCCGCGGCCGCCCGCUGCGCCGCAUUUCAGGAGACCGCUCAGGCGCUUGUGUAUGACGUGCUGGGGUCUCUGGAGGGCCUGGGUGCGCAGCCGGUGUGGGGGGCACGGGGGGGCGAGGGUGGCGGAGCGGGGGGCGGAGCGGGGGGACCGCUGCCGGCGUUCAGCGCGUACCCGCAGCAGGCGGUGACGGCGGCUGGCGAGUACCUGAUGAUGCUGCCGCAGACUCUGGAAGGGCUCCUCGGCGGCGACAGCGAAGCCGAGGAGGAAGCAGUCGACGCAGAGUGGCUCGACAGGGUGGCGGCAGGUGCCGCAGAGCUGUACGUGAGGGAGCUGGCGAAGAUCGCAGCACUGAGCGAGUCGGGUGCCGCCCAGCUGGCGGCUGACCUGGACUACUUCUGCAACGUGCUGGCUGCGCUCGGUGUUGCUGUGCCCCUGCAGCUCGUCACCUGGCAGGUGGCUGUUGGGUGGGAGGCAGCAGACUUCACAGCUUCUGCAGCAGCGGCGCUGGAUGAUCUGAUGGUGGACAGAGCCACACUGGAGCUCGUGGCAGCUGCAAGGGGCCUGCAAAUGCCUUAG